AUGAAAGCAUUGCAGAUUCUUAUUCUAUUCACAACUGCCCACGUUAUUGUUGGUUCGACAAUAAAAAGAUCAUGGAAUGAUACCACCAUCAUGGACUUGGUAAGAAGGAGAUCAUGGAAUGAAACCGCACCAAAAGAAAUAGCUACAACAAGCGCAUCGAAUGAUACCAGUCCUGUCUCUGUCAUUGCCGAACCCGUUGUUAAUAAUACUCAACUUGCCAUGCUAUUGAUGUCGUUGCAGAACUUCAAUGCUUACAAUCUUGGAACACGACCACCUUCCGAUGUUUUUAGCUCGUUAGACAAAAGAUCGGACUUGCCGUUGUUGGACACUAUUUUACUGACACUCAACAACACAGGUGUUGCUUUAACUGUGAUUGACUUUGUCUUGUUGCGUCCAGAGCUAUUGGAUAUAGUGAUUCAAACUACCAUCUGGGUAAUAAGAUUGAAAUUGAUAAACUUGACUGACUUGAUUAUUGCCUUACAAAGAUCCAACUUGAUAAUGGAUGUCUUGACAUUGGGAUUGGAGGAUUCGGAAAUUUUGCCUGGUUUGAUCAACAUUACGAUGGAAAUUUUAAAACAAAGUGGGUUAGGCUUAGGCUCAUUGAGUAAGCGGAUGGAUGAUGAGGCAGUUGAAGUCUCAAACUCUACCAAUAUUGAAAUUGGUAAGAGAGAAAAUGCAUUGUUGGAUCAGUUGUUUAUAUCAUUGAGAGAUUCUGGUUUGGCAGUUUCAGUUGUCAAACAUUUAUUAACAACGCCUGAGUUAGCAGCACCUAAUGCGCACUUCCUUGUCCUGAUUUUGCAAUCUCAUGCACUUAGCUUGAGUGAUUUGCUUACAGCAUUGAAGGAAUCCAAUUUGAUUUGGGAACUCAUUAAACAAUUGUUGGGAGACCCACAAAUUAUUAUUGAGUUUGGUGGUACCAUUGUGCAGAGAGUUACCCAAGGUUUGAUUCCAAAGGAGUUGAUUACGAGUUAG